AAGACGAAAGAAGAUAUUCAAAAGCUGCUGGAAAGCAUCAGACCCGACUCUGAGAUUGCCCUACAGAACCGCGAAGGAACCCCCGAAGCUCUCAAGUACACGCUGCUAGAGCACCAGAAGUUGGGGUUGUCUUGGAUGAAGUCUAUGGAAGAGGGCGACAAUAAGGGCGGUAUCCUUGCGGAUGAUAUGGGUCUGGGGAAGACCAUACAAGCUAUUGCUCUCAUAGUGUCCCGCCCAUCGACUGAUCCCGAGCGCAAGCCUACCCUAAUCAUUGCUCCCGUUGCGUUGGUGCAACAAUGGAAACGAGAGAUUGAAAGGAUGGUUAGGCCUGGAAAGCACCAACUUUCCAUUUGGGUAUUGCAUGGCGAUAAACGGCUCACAACUUUCAGGGAACUGAAGCGGUACGACGUGGUUCUGACCACCUUCGGCACACUGGCCGCAGAAUUGAAGCGGAAGCAGAAGUACGAGGAGCUAGAGGAACGGGAUGUUAACCUGGCAAGGAAAGCCUUAGACAGUCUCCCUCUUCUAGGGCGGCGUUGUAAAUGGUAUCGUGUCAUUGCAGAUGAAGCUCAGUGCAUCAAGAACCGGAAUGCAAAAGCUGCGCUUGCAUGCUGCCAGCUCAAUACCACCUACCGCUGGUGCAUGACAGGGACUCCUAUGAUGAACAAUGUCGAAGAGUUACACUCGCUGAUCAAAUUUCUGCGCAUUCGGCCAUACUGUAAUAUUGAGACAUUCAAUCGCGACUUCACCCGGCCACUGAAAUCUAGUCCCGCCAUGCGCGAGAAGGCUAUGCUUCAGUUACAGGUCUUGUUGAAGGCCAUUCUUCUGCGGCGAACUAAAAGCUCCGAAAUCGAUGGUAAACCGAUUUUGCAACUACCGCCCAAGGUCUCCGAAAGAGUCCAUGCUGUUUUCAGCGAGGAGGAGCAAGAGUUUUACAAUGCUUUGGAGGCACGCAGUCAAAAUGAGGUCAACCGGUAUCUCCAACAAGGAGUUGGGCGCAACUAUUCCAAUAUCCUGGUUUUACUCCUUCGACUUCGACAGGCGUGCUGCCACCCUCAUCUGAUCAAAGACUUCACCACCGAAGUUAAUGCUGCCGAAGAGGGCAUGGAUCUCAUCGCCAAUGCGAAAGCGUUUAGCGCUGAAGUUGUUGCUCGGCUUAAGGACAACACCGAGUUAGAAUGCCCGAUUUGUAUAGAUGCUGUCGAAAAUCCCGUCAUCUUCUUCCCUUGCGGCCACGGAACCUGCGCGGAGUGCUUUUCGAGAAUAUCUGACCCGGAAAUGGCCCUACGGAGCGGGCGCGAUGACGGAGGCGAAGUGAAAUGUCCCAAUUGUCGCGCGAAGGUGAAUCCAAAGAAAAUCACCGAUCAUCAGUCGAGCAAGCGAGCGAAGGGCAAGGGUAAAGCCAAGAACAAGAAGUCCCUUGCGGAACUCAAGAAGGAUGCUCAGAAGAAUAAGAAAUCGAAGCUCAAGUACCUGCGUCGCCUCGAAAAGACCUGGAUGUCGAGUGCCAAAAUCGAAAAGGCCAUGGAGAUCUUGCGCGAUGUCUACCAUCGAGAAGGCAACGAGAAAACCAUCAUCUUCAGCCAGUUCACGUCUCUGCUCGACUUGCUGGAGAUUCCGAUCGCUCGUCAAGGAUGGGACUACCGACGCUACGACGGGAGCAUGCGUCCAGCAGAUCGAAACACGUCCGUGAUGGACUUUACCGACAAUGAAGACUGCAGAAUUAUGUUGGUGUCGCUGAAAGCCGGCAACGCAGGCCUGAACCUUGUCGCAGCAUCCCAGGUCAUCAUUUUCGACCCCUUCUGGAACCCCUAUGUUGAGGAGCAGGCAGUCGACCGUGCCCAUCGCAUUGGACAAGUUCGCCCUGUUCAGAUCCAUCGCAUUGUCGUGAAGGAUACCGUCGAAGACCGUAUCCUUGAAUUGCAGGAUAAGAAGCGGGAGCUUGUUGAGGGUGCUCUGGACGAGAAGGCAUCAAGCAAUCUCUCCAGACUCGGAGCCCGCGAACUCGCAUUUCUGUUUUCUACUGUAGAAAGAAAGAAGAAUGUUUGUGUCUUACAUGAUGACUCGGAAUCAGACUCCCGAAACUGUUUAUCUACACCCAGAUCCCACCGCCCAAUACCCUACCUAAUACGUUAUCUACCUGCUACUUGA